AACACACACACACACACACACACACACACAGAGAGAAGUUGAUGAGUGAUGGAAGAGGAGUGGAGAAAAGGGGCUUGGACUGCUGAAGAAGACAGAUUGCUUGUUGAGUAUGUCAACUUGCAUGGUGACGGCAAAUGGAACGCUAUCGCUACGCUUGCUGGAUUAAAAAGAAAUGGGAAGAGCUGCAGAUUAAGAUGGGUGAAUUACUUGAGGCCUGAUCUCAAGAGGGGUCGAAUAACCCCUUAUGAAGAGAGUGUCAUCCUUGAACUACAUGCUAGAUGGGGUAACAGGUGGUCAACAAUUGCUAGAAGCUUACCGGGAAGGACCGACAAUGAAAUCAAGAACUACUGGAGAACCCACUUCAAGAAAAAGGGCAACCUCACGUCCCGAAAUUCUGAAAAAUUGCGGGCUCGCCUUCUUAAAAGACAACAAUUUCAACACGAAGAAAUAGGCAUGAAACAUAUUAUGCCGUUGUUUUAUGAAAACGUCAAUAAUCUAUCAAUCUUUGAUGAACCGAGCCAUGAACUUGUAAAAGCGAACCCACUAGCCGAGCAAGAAGUCUCGCCGCAUGAGACCCCAAACGAUUUGAGCAUAUGGGAUAUUGGCUUGUGGAGCAUGGCUGAUCUUCAUGGAUAUAGUAGCACAAAUAGAGCUAUUUAUCAGCACACUUCGCCUUCACAUUUAGUUUUGAGCUCUUUGGGUACAACUUUUCAUGUUUGAAAUAAAUAAAAAUCAAAUCAAUGAAAAUCAAAUAAAGAAGGUUUUGUAUUA